AUGUCAAAAGUCUAUUUCGUUUCUGGUGGGAGUAGGGGUAUCGGUUUUGGCAUUGUCAAGAACCUAAGUGCCACGCCGAGCAACAUAGUGAUUGCCACUGCGAGAAAUCCAGACUCGGCAACUGGACUAAAGGAACUCGCCAAAGUUCGUCCUAACGUCAAAAUUGUAGCGCUAGAUGUGGCAGAUGAUGAAAGCGUGAAGGCAGCUGCCAAGGACGCCGAACGUAUUUCGCCCCUUGGCAUUGAUGUUUUGAUCUCCAACGCAGGUAUCGCAACAGAGGCAAAGCCGGUUCUCGAGUGUAGUGACAGUGCUUACAUGCACCACUUCAACGUCAAUACUAUUGGUCCGAUCAGGCUGUUGAGAGAAUUUCGUGACCUCCUAGAGAAAAAAAGCACAAAACAAAUUGUGAUGGUUUCAUCCGAGGCCGGAUCUAUCACGAACCUGUUGACAUUCUUCCCCACUUCAGCCUAUGGCAUGUCGAAAGUUUCCUUGAACUUUGCGGUCAGACUUCUCGACCACGAAUUGGGACCCGCUGGCUAUUCAAUCAUAGCUUUGCACCCUGGCGUUGUCCUGACCGACGCUAUGACAUCCGCUCAAAAAGAUAUGGAUCCGGAGACGGUAGCUUUUCUUGCGAAAAACAUGACACUCUUGUCGCCAGAUGAGUCAGCGUCUUGCAUUGUCAACAACGUUCUAGACAAGUUAGAUACCUCAGCCUCCGGUAAGUUUUUAAGCUACGACGGCUCUGAGCUCGCAUGGUGA